AAAGCCCCAAAAGGCGCCGGCGCCGGCGCUGCCCGCCCGCUCCGCGGAGCCAUGGCCGGGCUGCGGAGCUGCGGGCUGCUCCUCUGCCUGCUCCUGGCCCGGGCCCUGCACUUCCCGGACUAUUCCUACGUGCUGGAGGAGGAGGAGGAGGACGCGGAGCCGCUGGAGUACAGGGACCCCUGCAAAGCCGCUGCCUUCCUUGGGGACAUCGCGCUGGACGAGGAGGACCUGCGGCUCUUCCACGUGGAGCGGGUGGUGGACCUGGCGCAUCGCUCCAUCACCCGCACCAACAGCACAGCCACCAACACCACCAGCACCCACCAGCACCGGGGCCGCGGCCGCCGCGCAGCCACAUCCCGACCGGAGCGAGUGUGGCCGGAUGGGGUCAUCCCCUAUGUGAUCAGCGGUAACUUCAGCGGCAGCCAGAGAGCCAUCUUCCGGCAGGCGAUGCGGCACUGGGAGAAGCACACGUGUGUCACCUUCCUGGAGCGCAAUGAUGAGGACAGUUACAUCGUCUUCACCUACCGGCCCUGCGGGUGCUGUUCCUAUGUGGGCCGCCGGGGGGGGGGCCCUCAGGCCAUCUCCAUCGGCAAGAACUGUGACAAGUUUGGCAUCGUGGUGCAUGAGCUCGGCCAUGUCAUUGGGUUCUGGCAUGAGCACACGCGGCCCGACCGGGACGACCACGUCUCCAUCAUCCGGGAGAACAUCCAGCCAGGGCAGGAGUACAACUUCCUCAAGAUGGAACCAGAGGAAGUGGAGUCUCUGGGUGAGACCUACGACUUUGACAGCAUCAUGCACUACGCCAGGAACACCUUCUCCAGGGGCAUCUUCCUGGACACCAUCCUGCCCAAGUACGAUGUGAACGGGGUGCGUCCGGCCAUAGGGCAGCGCACGCGGCUCAGCAAGGGGGACAUCGCACAGGCCCGCAAGCUCUACCGCUGCCCCGCCUGCGGUGAGACCCUCCAGGACAGCCAAGGGAACUUCUCGUCCCCCGAGUUCCCCAACGGGUACUCUGCCCACAUGCACUGUGUCUGGAGGAUCAGUGUCACCCCCGGAGAGAAGAUCAUCCUGAACUUCACCACCCUGGAUCUGUACCGAAGCCGGCUCUGCUGGUACGACUACGUGGAGGUGAGAGACGGGUUCUGGAGAAAGGCCACGCUGAGAGGCAGGUUCUGCGGGAACAAGCUGCCCGAACCCAUCGUCUCCACCGACAGCCGCCUCUGGGUUGAGUUCCGGAGCAGCAGCAACUGGGUGGGCAAAGGCUUCUUUGCUGUCUAUGAAGCCAUCUGCGGUGGGGAUGUGAAGAAGGACAAUGGGCACAUCCAGUCCCCCAACUACCCCGAUGACUACCGGCCCAGCAAGGUGUGCGUAUGGAAGAUCACUGUGUCCGAGGGCUUCCAUGUGGGACUGACCUUCCAGUCCUUCGAGAUCGAGCGCCACGACAGUUGUGCCUAUGACUACCUGGAGAUCCGGGAUGGCAGCAGCGAGUCCAGCAGCCUCAUCGGCCGCUACUGCGGCUACGACAAACCCGACGACAUCAAGAGCACCUCCAACCGGCUCUGGAUGAAGUUUGUCUCCGACGGCUCCAUCAACAAAGCCGGUUUCGCCGUUAACUUCUUCAAAGAGGUGGACGAGUGCUCGCGCCCCAACAACGGCGGCUGUGAGCAGCGUUGUGUGAACACCCUGGGCAGCUACAAGUGUGCCUGUGACCCCGGCUAUGAGCUGGCCUCCGACAAGCGCCGCUGUGAGGCCGCCUGCGGUGGGUUCCUCACCAAGCUCAACGGCUCCAUCACCAGCCCCGGCUGGCCCAAGGAGUAUCCCCCCAACAAGAACUGCAUCUGGCAGCUCGUGGCCCCCACCCAGUACCGCAUCUCCCUGCAGUUCGACUUCUUCGAGACCGAGGGCAAUGAUGUCUGUAAGUAUGACUUCGUGGAGGUCCGCAGUGGGCUGACUGCUGACUCCAAGCUGCACGGCAAGUUCUGCGGCGCAGAGAGGCCGGAUGUCAUCACCUCCCAGUACAACAACAUGAGGAUUGAGUUCAAGUCUGACAACACAGUCUCCAAGAAGGGCUUCAAAGCUCAUUUCUUCUCAGACAAGGACGAGUGCUCCAAGAACAACGGGGGCUGCCAGCACGAGUGCCUCAACUCCCUGGGCAGCUACGAGUGCCACUGCCGCAGCGGCUUCGUGCUGCACGACAACAAACACGACUGCAAGGAAGCCGGCUGUGACCAUAAGGUGACAUCCACCACCGGGACCAUCACCAGCCCCAACUGGCCAGACAAAUACCCCAGCAAGAAGGAGUGUACUUGGGCCAUCAGCACCACGCCAGGACACCGCGUCAAGCUGACCUUCUCGGAGCUGGACGUGGAGGCACAGCAGGAAUGUGCCUACGACCACUUGGAGAUCUACGAUGGCAAAGAUGCCAAAGCCCCAACGCUCGGGCGCUUCUGUGGGGCCAAAGAGCCUGAGCCCCUGGUGUCCUCAGGCAACAGGAUGUUCCUCAAGUUUGUCUCUGACAACUCCGUGCAGAAGAAGGGCUUUGAGGCCACCCACACCACGGUGUGCGGAGGUCGCGUCCGCGCCGAGGUGAGGACCAAGGACCUGUACUCACACGCUCAGUUCGGGGACAACAACUACCCUGGGGGCUCAGACUGUGAGUGGGUGAUCAUGGCUGAGGAGGGAUAUGGUGUGGAGCUCAUCUUCCAGACCUUCGAGGUGGAGGAGGAGGCCGAUUGUGGCUAUGACUACAUGGAGCUCUUCGAUGGCUACGAUGGGACCGCGCCGCGGCUCGGGCGCUUCUGCGGCUCCGGGCCCCCGGAGGAGGUGUACUCGGCUGGGGAUUCGGUGCUGAUCCGGUUCCACUCGGACGACACCAUCAACAAGAAGGGUUUCCACCUUCGCUACACCAGCACCAAGUUCCAGGACACUCUGCACACGAGGAAAUGAGGGUCGGGGGGUCCCGGCCCCACCGCGGGCAGGGAGGAGGAGGAUGGAGCAGGAGGAAGGCACAGACUGCCCAGGGCACACACAGCCAACCUCAGCACUCAAGACACGCACGGGGCCCUGGGGCUCGGGUACCCCUGGGCACAGGGGCAGGGGGGGUCCCUGGGCCGGCAGCUGUGCCCCUGGCACUGAUGGGGCACAUGGGUCCCAUUGCCCUUCCUGGCCCCGGCCGAGCCGCAGCUCUGAAUGUACAGACCAGUAACGGGAAGAGCCCCAGACACAGGUGCUGGAUCCCUCUUGUACCCAUCAAAUAAAUACCCUUGUACUUGGAGGGCA